GCGCUUUUGUUUCCGCCCGGCGUUAUUUUGCACUCGGACACAUAAUCACCCUCCGCUGUAGCCCGUAGCGAGAGUGCGCAGAGCAGCUACGGGCAACUUAAUUGAUUUAUGGUUGAAAACACAGUGUUAAUAUUAUGCCAGCGUGAUUAUCACAUGUAUUAGAGCCAAAUGGCGGACACCAAGGGGCCCAAGCUGGACUUUACUCUGAAAGAACUGACUCUCUCCGGCCAGGCUGAAGAUGUCGAUGUGCCCGGAAGCUCGUCCAGCGUGGUGCUGCAGGACCACAGACUGGUGUGUGUGGAGUAUCCGGCGGUGGUCAGCAGUGUGGACAAGAUGCUGGAGACUCUCGGGGGUGAAAAAGGAGUGUCCAAAACCUUCGCUCACCCCAACAGGCGUCUUGAGAUGCGCUUCCGACCUCAGGACCCUUUCUGUCACUCUCUGUGCGGGAACCGCUUCCCAUCAAGCAACCUCGCCCUCAGAGUACGGCGACGUGUGCGGAAAAAGGACCCCAAGGACUCUGAGAUCCAAAUGGAGAUACUCGGAGUCAUAGGAACAACAUACAAAUUCCAAGGGAUGGCAGACUUUCAGUGCCUCGCUGUGCAUUCAGAAGGUGGAAAAGACAUCUCUUUGUACGACAAAAUCAUCCUCCGCAAAUCAGAGAAUCAAGAAUUCUUCGAGCAGCCGAUGCCCCUCUUUCUUCCACCGGCCAGCUUCUCCCGCCUCGACUGUCCUGUGGAUUAUUACUACCGGCCCGACAUCUUUCAAAAUUCUCCUCAGGUGCCCAUUAGCAAGAACAACUUUAUUGGCUUGAAUCGAGCUCGCCGGCCCCACAACGCCAUUUUUGUCAGCUUCGCCGAUCCCACUGUGCCCACCGAGUGCCUCGAGGCAGCCAGGAUCAACUGGGUUCGAGUGUGCGUGAAGGAGAAAGACAAGCAGGCUGAGGAACAAUUGAAAAAGUUGUUUGAGAGCCGGCCCAUCUGGUCACGAAAUGCGGUCAAGGCCAACAUCAACAUCCACCCUGAUAAACUUAAACUGCUGCUGCCCGUCUUCGCCUACUACAUGGUGACUGGACCCUGGAGGAGUCUGUGGGUGAGGCUAGGCUACGACCCCCGAAAGAGCCCAGACUCCAAGAAGUACCAGAUACUGGACUUCAGGAUCCGCUGUAGCACCAAACACGGGUAUUCAUUAUCUGACAUACCAGUAAAAGCCAAGAGGAGCGCCCUGAACUACAGUCUGCCUAUCACAUUCAACAAAGCAGGUCCUCAGGCAGCCAGUGUCAUGGAACUUCCAGCUCAGGAGGGUCCAGGCUCCAGUCGAGAUCCAGUCCCGAUUACUUACCAGCUGAAGGAGUCCUCCUACAUUUUUAAAGAGGGCAUGCUGCCUCCUCACAGACAGAUGUUUUACCAGCUCUGUGAUUUGGAUGUGGAAAGUAUCAAACAGGUGAUUGACCAGAUGGAUGAUAAUGAGCAGACGUGCGACGAGCGGGACGGCUGGUGUGUUCUCGGCACCACGGACAAGCUGAGGGACAUAAUCUCAGCCAUGAUCAAGACGCUCAUCCGAGCCCAGAAACCAUCGUUGCCAGAGUUCCCCAAGAGACGCAGACGCUUAGGUCUUCAUAAAAAAUACCCAGAGGGAGAUGAUGAUGAAGAAGAAGAGGAGCAGGACGACGAGAACAAGGAUGAUGAAUACGAAGAUGAGGAGGAUGAGUUUCAGCCGUCGGAGGGCAGUGAAAAUGAGAUGGAGACAGAAAUUCUGGAUUACAUUUAACAAAUCACGGCCAUUUGGAUGUCAUUUAUCUUGAGUCUGUUAAUAUUUGACCCUUUCUGUAAAAGGUGAUAUGUUUGAAUUAUGUUUUUAGACUUAAAUGUAAAAAUAAAUAUU